UAUACUGUUCGUCACAUUGCUUACUGCGUAAAUAAUUAUGCAGAACGCAUGUAGUUUUUACUAUUAGAAUUGUAGUAUCUGUUUUCGUUUCCAUGGGCCUAUAAAAAAUUCUCCACCUUUGACUUCGAAUCCCAAAAGCAUUUUCCACUACUCUCCGCGCCCUGCACAGCCCAGUAUUGUAUUUUUCUUUUCUAGCGUCUGCUUUCGACAGUCUAUAUGGAAACGGUCUCAUUAGGUAGUGUUUAAGGGUAAAUCCUUCAUCUCCAAUCAAAACAUGAGAGCAUGUCCAGGUAGAGGCUUAUCUUCUGGAAUGUGCAUCAACCCAGCUUCAAAUCGGUGUCCCAUGGUAGAAGCCUACUCCUUUCUUCCUCCGCCAGAGCAAGAUACAGAAUUGCUUCUUCUUCAUCUGAAGAGUACAUGUUUUAACUUGAUUUUCAAGCUACACUCUCACACCGUUUACUGCCAAUCCACUGCGAUCUUUUCGCUUCGAUAUGAAAGUCCCUCAGAUAAUUAUAUCGCCACGAAUAUCGCAGCGGAUUAAUCGCGUUGUUUGGGGGAUCCUUAAUGCUU